AAGAGCAUUGUGUCUACUUAUCUCUGGCAUCUCAACCGUCCCGUAGUGCCCACGAAUUGCCGCCCUCCCGUUAGCCCAUACUGCACUAUCCACAGCUCCCUCUAGCUGGAAGCGAGGAAUGAUUCAGGGUUCACAUCCGUCGUCUCUAACUUGCAGUACAAUCCCGAGUAUCUCCGAAAUGGCCCACAUUAGCCACUUCGUACGAAGUCGAGUGAAACUGAAGCACUUUUCCUUUUUUGCACAUCUCUUGGAAGUUCACUAGUGCUUUGAAUUCUGUAGCUCGUAGCUCUGUUUCGCGCUUCAGGAAUGUGAAAGUGGAUUCGAUAGUUGUUGGUAGAGGUAGAUUGAGUCGUGUUGUUCUGUUCACAACUUGAAAUUGUAGACUCGUCUACUCAGCCAUGGCAGUCACGGCAAUGUGUAUUGCGCCUGUGUCGUCCAUUGGAGUUGCCUCGUACUCGUCCAGUUCCUCUACGGUGCUGCGGGCGUCUGGAAGAAAUUGCUGCUUUGCCUCGCUGCGGCUGGAGGCUUCGUCUUCAGAAAAGGCUGUGAGCCAUGCAUUCUCCUCGUGCUCUUUGCGGAGCUCUCGUAUUCAAGAGCUCUCGAGAUUUCGUAGAUAUAGUUUGGUAUCAGGAGAGCGUGAUCAGCGCGGCUUUUUUCUCACAGUGGCUGCAGUGGCGAAUCCAGUUGAUGUCAACAAGGGAUUUGAUGAGAUGAUAGCAGGAACAACACGGAAGUAUUACAUGUUGGGGGGCAAGGGUGGUGUGGGAAAGACUAGUCUUGCUGCUAGCUUAGCCGUUAAGUUUGCUAAUAGUGGCCAUCCAACUCUGGUCGUUUCUACAGACCCAGCUCAUUCACUCAGCGACUCGUUUGCUCAGGAUUUAAGCGGCGGAACAAUUAUGCCUGUGGAUGGUGUUGAUUUGCCAUUGUAUGCCAUGGAGAUAAACCCAGAGCAAGCUAGGGAAGAGUUUCGUACGUCAGUCUCUAAAGAUGGGGGGACUGGCGUCAAAGAUUUUAUGGACAGCCUGGGUUUAGGCGGUUGGGUGGACGAGUUAAGUGAGCUGAAACUUGGUGAGCUUUUGGAUACCCCACCACCAGGCCUUGAUGAAGCCAUCGCAAUAUCCAAAGUUGUUCAAUUUAUGCAAGCUCCUGAGUAUAGCAAGUUCACGCGGAUCAUCUUCGAUACUGCACCAACAGGACAUACAUUACGUUUAUUGUCAUUGCCGGAUUUUCUGGAUGCUUCAAUUGGUAAAAUAUUGAAGUUGAAAAAGAAAAUUCAGAGCGCAGCAUCAGCAAUCAAGUCUGUGUUUGGUCAAGAAAACGGAAGUGACAAGGCUGUACGUACUAGUCCUGCUACCGACAAAUUAGAGGCACUCAAGGAGAGAAUGAUUAUGGUUCGGGAGAUCUUCAGAAAUAAGGAAACAACUGAGUUUGUGAUUGUGACCAUUCCCACGGUCAUGGCCAUUAGUGAAAGUUCACGGUUAAAGAGUUCUUUAGAAAAAGGAGGAGUCCCAGUAAAGCGGCUUAUUGUGAAUCAAGUACUACCUCCUUCUAAUUCUGACUGCAAGUUUUGUGCAGUCAAACGCAAGGAUCAAAAAAAAGCGAUGGACUUGGUGUCAGAAGAUGCCAAUUUAAAAACAUUAGAAAUAGUUCAGUCUCCAUUAUUUGACCUAGAGAUUAGAGGUGUUCCAGCCCUGAAGUUUAUGGGUGACCUUGUCUGGCGUUGAUGUAUCACCACUGGAAGUGCCUACACAGAAGAUUUGUUGUGCACAUCAUCAUAGUAGUUUUACACAUUAACCAUCUUCCAUUUUACUGUGUAUCAUGGAACAUUCUUUCCAACAGAAUCAUUAGAUUAGUCUUGUAGUUCUUGGUUAUCACAUAUUAUGUAUAUGACACAGUAUUGGAGCUCUUUCUUGUUGGAGUUAGACUUCGUAUGCAGAAGGUAUCCUUCAAUAGAAAGUGGUCCUUUAAUCUAACAACUAUCGAUAAAGCUUUGUCUCAUGAAUUCUGCUUA